ACUCAAAGUCACCCACCCAAAAACUUCUGAAGAUUAGACACAGUUUUUCCUGUAUUACUUGUUAUCUUUACACAAGAUUUCCAUCCCUAAUAAGAAGACAUUCUUGAUCAGGAUCGCCAAGAUGGACAAGGUGACAAGAUUGGUUUCAGAGAAGGGGAUAGUGAUAUUCAGCAAAAGUUCCUGCUGCAUGUGUUAUGCGGUCAUCAUUCUAUUUAAGGAACUCGGGGUGAAACCGUUGGUUCAUGAGAUCGACGAAGACCCUGAAGGCAGGGAAAUAGAGAAAGCUCUCAUGAGGUUGGGUUGUAAUGCGCCUGUACCAGCUGUGUUCAUUGGAGGAACACUGGUAGGAUCCACCAACGAAGUCAUGUCCCUCCAUCUAAAAGGCUCGCUGACUCCACUGCUGCAGCCUUAUAAAUCUCCUUGAAUAUAUUACUCCAACAGGUCGUGGGAAGAAUAAACUUGGCUAAAAUUAGUAAUGCAACAAGCUCGAAUAGUCUUUGUAGUGUGUUAUGUGUGAAGUAAUCUUUAGCAUUUAAUUAGCUAUAUAUAGUGUGUACUAUGUUUCCUAUUCUUAAUGAAGUUGGCUUUUAAAUA